AUGUUUGAGGAAAAGCUCAUACUUACUGUGGCAGGAGCCUGCUCCACUCUGGCUUUGGUUAUCUUCUCAGUUGUCGUGCCAUCGUUUCUCAACACCAUGAACGAGAUUCAUCAACAAGUGCUCGACGGCGUUUCUGUGUUUCGCGCCGAGACCGACAUCGUCUGGUCCGAAAUUAUGGACGCCCAGACAGCCCUUCGUCCCGUAUCAAAACCCCGUGAGAAUCCUUUUAACUCGAUUUUCCGCCGGAAGAGGCAAUAUGGCCUGCCUGCUUGGUGUCAUUGCGAACCCCUCAAAGUAACUUGUGCACCUGGACCUCCAGGACCUCCCGGACCUCCUGGACAGCCCGGAAAUCCUGGACUUCCAGGCCCACCUGGUGAGGACAACAGAGUUACUUACGCACCGAUCACAUGCCCACCUAUUGACACAGCGUGCAUCAAGUGCCCACCCGGACCGCCUGGACCUCCUGGGAUGGCUGGACCACCAUGA